AUGUCCGAUUGGGAGUUGUGCUUACACAACUACUACAGGUCCACUCAAAACUCAAGGAUAGAGCGCCUCUGGGUUGAAGUAGGAACCCAGUUCGUGAGACGUUGGAGGGCAUUCUUCAGUCGCUUGGAGAGAUUGCAUGGCCUUGAUAUCGAGAAAACGGGUCAUUUGUGGCUCCUCCAAGGUCUAUUCUUGGAUGCUAUCAAUGAUGACUGUAAGACCUUUCGAGAAGAAUGGAAUCUUCAUCCGAUUGCUGGCCCGUCAACGAACAAUAAGAGCCCACAGGAUCUGCAACUGAUAAGCCAGGUAACACUUGGCAUUUACCGAGAUGACUGUGAAGGAGUUCACCCUGACACAAUCGAACGAUACCAUGGCACUCAUGGGCGAGAACAGACUGGUGCUGGCCAUCCUGAUGACGAAGACACUAAUUCAGGGGAUCAGCUCGUCUCACAGAUAGAAGAAGAUCAGGAACAGAAUGUUCGACACACUGCUGUUGAAGUGCCCGGGAAGAAAAGUCCCUUUGUGACCCAGGAUGACGAGAACCUUUUUUUUUCAACAGUUGAGCAAAUCGUUGUCGAGGGCAUCAUACCUGAAGGUUAUGGCUUGUUACCUGGUGAACAAGAUGACGAGGAUGCAGCCAUGAUCGAAGUCUUACAAUUUGGGAGACGCGGAACAAAAUCUAUUGUAGUAUCAUUAAGUGAUUCUGUCUGGGAAGCUCGUGCAACACUCUGGUGUCAAGGAUUGUCAGCAUUAUCUUUGUUCAAAACCGAAAGAUACUUUUAG